GCAGCCAACCUUUUGUGGCCAAGCCCCGGGGUUCGCCCUCUUCAGACAGUUCAUCGGGACGCAAGUAUUCCUCUUCCUGUGCACCGUCGUCGGAUCUGCCAUCAUCCUGGACUUCUCCACCAUGAACUCCAGCAUCCAGCCAUUGAUCCGCCAAACAAUGCUGCGCUUCAUCAUGACGUCGGAGCACCCGCACUCGUCGGCCGCCCUGAAGCUGAUCCAAGAAAGCAUCGGAUGCUGUGGAGCCGACGGUCCGAACGACUACAUGGUCCUGCGUCAACCGUUGCCCCUCGAGUGCCGCGACACCGUCACCGGAAAUGCCUUCUUCCAUGGGUGCGUCGACGAGCUGACCUGGUUCCUGGAGGACAAAUCCAUCUGGGCCGCCAUCAUGGCCAUGAUACUCUCGGCAAUCCACACCGCCAAUGUAGUGCUCGGUAUUGUCCUGGUUCAGGCCCUCAAACGCGAGGAGGAAGCCAUGUACAGACGCUGAACCGCUGAUGCGCCCCAGCCCGCAAUCGCUGGAAAUAAAUGACAGUUUUUCCUCUUAGUUAAAAUUAGUUUUUACUACCAUCAACAAGUUUAGAGAAUAAUUAUGUGCCAACACGGGAAACAACCACCACGUAGCCAUUAAGUCCACUACGAUAAGCGAAAAUAAAACAAACCAGAAUAAAUUUUACACCUGGUGAACAGCUGAUGGCAGAGGGAGUACCGAAAGCACCACCAUCAUCGUAAUUAUCAUCCGGUGGAACAAACCA